CAUUUGUCGCAAGGAUGCAGACUCCUCGAGGGCUUCGCUGCAACCUCGGCAUCCUCGCGCUCCUGACGGCCGUCCUGAUCCUGCGGACCGACGCCCAAGCGCGCGGGGUCUUGAGAGACGCCGCCAUCCGAGCCGCCCUCGCGGCCAUUUCCGGCGGAAAACUGCCCCUCAGUGACGAUCGUCUCGUCGAACUUAUACAGGAAUACGUGCGACGCGUCGUCGCCGCUCAGGCUGACGGUCAUCCGUCGGACGGAAUCGAGGCGGCCGCCAGUCUUGCACAGGAAGCUGUGUCCCAGGUUACCGCCGCCUACGCUGCGGCCAUAUUUCAAUCUACGACGGCUCCGGAGGCACAGCAACUAUUCGCCAGAUUCCAAGACACCGUUGAUAGGAUCGUCCAGUUCGCCAAGAGUGGCGACUUUGGGAUCCGCGGUAUUGAUCGGCCCGCCGAUCGAGGAAACGAGCGCCGGUUCGAUUAUUAGAUACUUUUUCUCACCUUUUCUUCGAUAGGUGAGGAAUUCUACGACGUAUGAAUUUGUAUGCGUAGAUUAGAAUUCCUACGCGUAGGUUCUGAGCGUCUUAAUUGCGAUGAAACUUCACCAUCGCGUUUUGGUGGCUGUGAAAUUGAUUCACAAUUUUUUGUCAAAUUAUACUUGAUAAAUGAAUUACAAACUU